GCCACGUGAUCGGUCAGUUCGCUGAGAGGGAAGAAUAUGGCUGCCGGGUGUGGUGAGGGCGACGCGCUUGCAGUCGCUGUCUCUUGCUUUCCCGUCCUCUGACACCGCCUGCAGCCGAGCGGGCCGGUUCCGCCCGAGCUGAGGACCAGGUUGUGAGUCGAUAUUGAAGUGAACGGCAGCUUUCUGUGAAAAUGUCAGUUUUGAUAUCACAGAGUGUAAUAAAUUAUGUAGAGGAAGAAAACAUUCCUGCCCUGAAAGCUCUUCUUGAAAAAUGCAAAGAUGUAGAUGAGAGAAAUGAGUGUGGCCAGACUCCGCUGAUGAUAGCUGCAGAGCAAGGCAAUCUGGAGAUAGUGAAGGAGUUAAUUAAGAAUGGAGCUAACUGCAAUCUGGAAGAUUUGGAUAAUUGGACAGCACUUAUAUCUGCAUCAAAAGAAGGGCAUGUACACAUCGUCGAAGAGUUACUGAAAUGUGGGGUUAACUUGGAGCACCGUGAUAUGGGAGGAUGGACAGCUCUCAUGUGGGCAUGUUACAAAGGCCGUACUGAUGUAGUAGAGUUGCUUCUUUCUCAUGGUGCCAAUCCAAGUGUCACUGGUCUGCAGUACAGUGUUUACCCAAUCAUUUGGGCAGCAGGGAGAGGCCAUGCAGAUAUAGUGCAUCUUUUACUGCAAAAUGGUGCUAAAGUCAACUGCUCUGAUAAGUAUGGAACCACCCCUUUAGUUUGGGCUGCACGAAAGGGUCAUUUGGAAUGUGUGAAACAUUUAUUGGCCAUGGGAGCUGAUGUUGAUCAAGAAGGAGCUAAUUCAAUGACUGCACUUAUUGUGGCAGUGAAAGGAGGCUACACACAGUCAGUAAAAGAAAUUCUGAAGAGGAAUCCAAAUGUAAAUUUAACAGAUAAAGAUGGAAACACAGCUCUGAUGAUUGCAUCGAAGGAGGGACAUACGGAGAUUGUGCAGGAUCUGCUCGAUGCUGGAACAUAUGUGAACAUACCUGACAGGAGUGGGGAUACCGUGUUGAUUGGCGCUGUCAGAGGUGGUCAUGUUGAAAUUGUUCGAGCGCUUCUCCAAAAAUAUGCUGAUAUAGACAUUAGAGGACAGGAUAAUAAAACUGCUUUGUAUUGGGCUGUUGAGAAAGGAAAUGCAACGAUGGUGAGAGAUAUCUUACAGUGCAAUCCCGACACUGAAAUAUGCACAAAGGAUGGUGAAACACCACUUAUAAAGGCUACCAAGAUGAGAAAUAUUGAAGUGGUGGAGCUGCUGCUAGAUAAAGGGGCUAAAGUGUCUGCUGUAGAUAAGAAAGGAGAUACUCCCUUGCAUAUUGCUAUUCGUGGAAGGAGUCGGAAACUGGCUGAACUGCUUUUAAGAAACCCUAAAGAUGGACGGUUACUUUAUAGGCCAAACAAAGCAGGAGAGACUCCUUAUAAUAUUGACUGUAGCCAUCAGAAGAGUAUCUUAACUCAAAUAUUUGGAGCCAGACACUUGUCUCCUACUGAAACAGACGGUGACAUGCUCGGAUAUGAUUUAUAUAGCAGUGCCCUGGCGGAUAUUCUCAGUGAGCCUACCAUGCAGCCACCUAUUUGUGUGGGGUUAUAUGCACAGUGGGGAAGUGGGAAAUCUUUCUUACUCAAGAAACUAGAAGAUGAAAUGAAAACCUUCGCUGGACAACAGAUCGAGCCUCUCUUUCAGUUCUCAUGGCUUGUAGUGUUUCUUACCCUGCUGCUUUGUGGAGGGCUUGGUUUAUUGUUUGCCUUCACGGUCGACCUGAAUCUUGGAAUAGCAGUGUCAUUGAGCUUCUUGGCUCUCUUAUAUAUAUUCUUUAUUGUCAUUUACUUUGGUGGACGAAGAGAAGGAGAAAGUUGGAAUUGGGCCUGGGUCCUCAGCACUAGAUUGGCGAGACAUAUUGGAUAUUUGGAACUCCUCCUUAAAUUGAUGUUUGUGAAUCCACCUGAAUUGCCAGAGCAGACUACUAAAGCUUUACCUGUGAGGUUUUUGUUUACAGAUUACAACAGACUGUCCAGUGUAGGUGGAGAAACUUCUCUGGCUGAAAUGAUUGCAACCCUCUCAGAUGCUUGUGAAAGAGAGUUUGGCUUUUUGGCAACCAGGCUUUUUCGAGUAUUCAAGACCGAAGAUACUCAGGGUAAAAAGAAGUGGAAAAAAACAUGUUGUCUCCCAUCUUUUGUCAUCUUCCUUUUUAUCAUUGGCUGCAUUGUAUCUGGAAUUACUCUUCUGGCUAUAUUUAGAGUUGACCCAAAACAUCUGACUGUAAAUGCUGUCCUCAUAUCAAUUGCAUCUAUAGUGGGAUUGGCCUUUGUGUUGAACUGUCGUACAUGGUGGCAAGUGCUGGACUCCCUCCUGAAUUCCCAAAGAAAACGCCUCCAUAAUGCAGCCUCCAAACUGCACAAAUUGAAAAGUGAAGGAUUCAUGAAAGUUCUUAAAUGUGAAGUGGAAUUGAUGGCCAGGAUGGCAAAAACCAUUGACAGCUUCACUCAGAAUCAGACAAGGCUGGUGGUCAUCAUCGAUGGAUUAGAUGCCUGUGAGCAAGACAGAGUUCUUCAGAUGCUGGACACUGUCCGAGUUCUGUUUUCAAAAGGCCCGUUCAUUGCCAUUUUUGCAAGUGAUCCACAUAUUAUCAUCAAGGCAAUUAACCAGAACCUCAAUAGUGUGCUUCGGGAUUCGAACAUAAAUGGCCAUGACUACAUGCGCAACAUCGUGCAUUUGCCUGUCUUCCUUAAUAGUCGUGGUCUAAGCAAUGCAAGAAAAUUUCUUGUAACUUCAACAACAAAUGGGGAUGUUCCAUGCUCAGAUACUACAGGGUUACAGGAAGAUGCUGACAGAAGAGUUUCGCAGAACAGCCUUGGGGAGAUGACAAAACUUGGUAGCAAGACAGCCCUCAAUAGGCGGGACACUUACCGAAGAAGGCAGAUGCAGAGGACCAUCACCCGCCAGAUGUCCUUUGAUCUUACAAAACUGUUGGUUACCGAGGACUGGUUCAGUGACAUCAGCCCUCAGACCAUGAGAAGAUUACUUAAUAUUGUUUCCGUGACAGGGCGAUUACUGAGAGCCAAUCAGAUUAGUUUCAACUGGGACAGGCUUGCUAGCUGGAUCAACCUUACUGAGCAGUGGCCAUACCGGACUUCAUGGCUCAUAUUAUAUUUGGAAGAGACUGAAGGUAUUCCAGAUCCAAUGACAUUAAAAACCAUCUAUGAAAGAAUAUCAAAGAAUAUUCCAACAACUAAGGAUGUUGAGCCACUGCUUGAAAUUGAUGGAGAUAUAAGAAAUUUUGAAGUGUUUUUAUCUUCAAGGACUCCAGUUCUUGUGGCUCGAGAUGUAAAAGUCUUUCUGCCCUGCACUGUAAACCUAGAUCCCAAACUACGGGAAAUUAUUGCAGAUGUCCGCGCUGCCAGAGAGCAAAUCAGUAUCGGAGGACUGGCAUACCCACCUCUCCCUCUGCACGAGGGUCCUCCAAGGGCUCCGUCAGGGUACAGUCAGCCCCCAUCAGUGUGCUCCUCCACAUCCUUCAAUGGGCCCUUUGCAGGUGGAGUGGUGUCGCCACAGCCUCACAGCAGCUACUACAGCGGCAUGACGGGCCCGCAGCAUCCCUUCUACAACAGGCCAUUCUUUGCCCCAUACCUUUACACGCCAAGGUAUUACCCUGGCGCCUCCCAACAUCUCAUCUCACGUCCAUCAGUAAAAACGAAUUUGCCCAGAGAUCAGAACAAUGGCCUAGAAGUUAUCAAGGAGGAUGCUGCUGAGGGGCUUUCUUCACCCACAGACUCCUCGAGGGGGUCAGGCCCAGCCCCAGGCCCAGUGGUAUUACUGAAUUCACUGAAUGUGGAUGCAGUGUGUGAGAAGCUGAAACAAAUAGAAGGGCUGGACCAGAGUAUGCUGCCUCAGUAUUGUGCCACGAUCAGAAAGGCAAACAUCAAUGGCCGUGUGUUAGCUCAGUGUAACAUUGAUGAACUGAAGAAAGAGAUGAAUAUGAAUUUUGGAGACUGGCACCUUUUCAGAAGCACAGUACUAGAAAUGAGAAACGCAGAAAGCCAGGUGGUCCCUGAAGACCCACGUUUCCUCGGUGAGAGCAGCAGUGGCCCAGCCCCGCACGGUGAACCUGCUCGCCGGGCUGCCCACAGCGAGCUGCCUCACACGGAGCUCUCCAGCCAGACGCCCUACACGCUCAACUUCAGCUUCGAAGAACUGAACACACUUGGCCUGGAUGAAGGUGCCCCUCGUCACAGUAAUCUAAGUUGGCAGGAAGAAAAUGCUGGCCUUGAGAUAGAUAGCUCUUCAGAGGAUCCAGAUUAAACUAAGGCAACAAGGGCUAUAGAUCCAGCCCCUGCCCACAGACCCAAGCACUUUUCUCAUUUCUUCUGACAGUUCGAGUCACUUCUCACAGUUGACUUCCUCACCAAAUAAUAAGGGGUGAAGAAGACUCGGCCUACCUGCCACUCAGUAAUCCUGCUGCCCAGUCGACUGGAGAAGACAGAUUUGCUCACCUCUACUAGUGUGAUUUGUUCUUAGUAGUUGUAGAAUUUAAAUUGGUUUUAGUGGAAUGUUCCUUUUAUGAAAUUUUAAGUAAAAGCCAUUUAGUAUAUAUUUAGUAUAGCAAGAAGCAUGUGAAUGAGCUCUAUAUAACCUGACACUCCGAAUCUCAUAGUGUCCUCUUGGUCAGGUGUCUAAUAAGAAGUUAGAUUGCUAUUUUCAAAUUUAUCAUAGUUCCUGAUACUCUAACUUUUUAAAGCUGUGUUUAUAAGAAUUUAUAGACUGCAUGUUGUUAAACUUGAUGCAAAUUAAACUAUUUUUAUUUUCAAAGAAGUUAAUUUAUAUUUUGAGUUAUUUGUAUUUUUCUCCUUCUGUCUUUUACCUGAGUUCCUUUCAGUUGUUUUGUGUUUUAAGUUUUUUUACGUUAUCAUGUAUUUUCCUUUUUUAGGUUAUCAUCCUGUUUUACUGUAAAACAUUCCUCAGAGCAGUAGAUUGGGAAGGAACCUCAAGACAUCUUUUAGAUCAAAUACUAGAUUUCAGAAGCCAGUGGACAUUCAAUAAAUACUUGUUGGCCAGGUGCUGUGGCUCAUGCCUAUAAUCCCAGCACCUGAGGGGGCCAAGGUGGGAAGCUGGCUUGAGGCCAGGAGUUCACUGCCAACCUAGGCAACAUGGUGGGAUUCCAGUUCUAUAAAAAUAAAAAUAAAAAAAUUAGCCAGGAAUGCUGGUGUGCACCUGUAGUUCCAGCUACUUGGGAGGCUGAGGUAGGAGGAUUGCCUGAGCCUGGGAGAUUGAGGAUGCAGUGAGUGGUGAUCGCACCACUGCACUCCGGCCUGGGUUACAGUGUUAGGUCCUAUCUCAAAUAAAUAAAUAAAUAAAUAGAUGAAUAAAACUUGUUAAGUGAAUGAAUAACCAUUCUGAGAGAGUCUGCCCGCAAAUCCUACACAGUGCCUUCAAAACACUGACUUUAGGCCAGGCGUGGUGACUCACUCCUGUAAUCCCAGCACUUUGGGAGUCUGAGGUGGGCUGAUCAUCUGAAGUCAGGAGUUCGAGACCAAACUAGCCAACAUGGUAAAACCCUGUCUCUACUAAAAGACAAAAAUUAGCUGGGUGUGGUGGGGGUCACCUGUGGUCCCAGCUACUCGGGGCUGAGGCAGGAGAAUCACUUUAACCUGGGGGACGGAGGUUGCAGUGAGCUCAGAUCGCACCACUGCACUCUAGCCUGGGUGACAGAGCAAGACACUGUCUCAAAAGCAAAUAAAUAAUUAAAACAAAAUACUGAAUGUAAAUCCCUCAACAUUGUGCUGCUGCGCCACAGUUCCUUACAGGCUCCACAUUUGCUCUCACUUUCUACCCACCCUGUUACCCGCCUGGCCCCUGUAAGCUUUUCUGUUUGUGAUUUUGGAAAUCUUUCAACCAUAAUAACAUACUCUGUUGCAAACUCUCAGGGAGUGAAGCCAGGCAUGGUGGCGUGCACUUAUAAUCCCAGCUACUUGGGGAAGCUGAGGCAGGGGGAUCACUUGAGCCCAGGAGUUCAAGACCAACCUGGGCAACAUAGUGAGAGCCUGUCUCAUAAAAAGGGAAAAAAUGGGGGAAACCCAGGGAUAGACAUCCACAGCCGGUCUUGAUAAGCUCCAUCAUCUUGGAGUGUGAAGCUGUGCUCCCACAUGGAUGUAUUUUUAAUCCUCUCGUACUUUGUUUAGUCCUUUGUGGAGAUGCCCAUUUCAUAAAUUAAUAGAAUUCUAGAAUCUAAUUAAAAUGGUUCAACUCCACAUUUUACUUUCGGGUAAUAUCAGGACCAUCACAGAAUAUCUGCGAUGUCGGUUUACCCUAUCUACAGCUCAGUUCUUCAACCGUUCUUUUAGCAAGGCUAGUUAUCUUCACUGACCACCCCUCACUGCCCUCUGCUAUCUCCUUCCUCAGAUAGACUACUCUGAUUAAGCUUGAGCUAGAAUAAACACUUUAUCCUGCGAUUCCAUAUUGAGUAUUUUAUAUAUGAGUGAUCCAUUAUGUGUUGUUGGAAAAUUUAUGUUGAGGGAGGGUAACUGCUGUAACAACCAUCACCAAAUCUAAUCGACUGAAUGCAUUUGACAUUUAUUUAUUGUUCACAUGACAGUUCAGUGUUACCUAAAUUCACAUGAAGACUGAGGGGCCUAGGGCCCUCUGCCCCACCUUCUGCACCCACGGGAGAAGAGAGUGGAGGACGCAUGCACCCAGGCCUAGAAGUGAUGCAUGUGGCGCUUUCACCCAUAGUCCAUUGGCCUUCUUAAGUCAUGGACUCCUGCUGAGCUGCAAGGGUGCCUGGGAAAUUCAUGUAACUGUGUGCAGUGGAGGAAGGGGAGUGUUUUGGUGAGCAAGCAGGAGUCUUUGCCACUAGAUGCUGAUGAGGAUUAUCCACAGCUGAUUAAGCAUGGAGAUUCAUCUUGUAUCAAACAGAUGAGCUGUCAACAUCUCAUGUUUACUUUGUGUGCAGGUAUUAUUCAGGUAGGAAAGGCUGUUAGAAUCUUAACAUCUAACUGGAAGAAGGGUUUUAGAGAAGGGUGGUUUACAGUAAGCCAGUUCUUUCCAUAGUCCAAGAGGGCAAAUGAAUUUCCAGUGUGGAGCAGUUUGCAGGCAAGGUGUUUGUUUUGGUCUUGCCUGGGCUGGAGUGCGAGUGGUGUAAUCAUAGCUCACUACAUUCUCGAACUCCUGGCCUUAAGUCAUCCUCCUGCCUCAGCCUCCCAAAGGCAGGUAAGGUUAAGAAGAGGGGAAAGGUGAAGUUUCACAGCUUUUCUGGAAUUCUUUUUAUUCAUGCGACUCUCAGACCAUUAGACCCACCCAGAAUCUGCUCAAUUUUCAAGAUUUGCUUAUAAGUAUCUGUAAUAUAAACAUUGGAUUGCUGUCGGUUCUUUAGGUUCUCCUCUCCCUCCCAGAACAGUGGCAACAGGAACUCUUGGGUACUUCUCCCUGUUCUUGCAGAUGUGUCAGGAUGUGAUCCUGGGGGCUCCCACGCCAGCCCACACCCUCUGUGGUAUAAGCAGGGACUGGCAGGUAAUGAGAGGCUAAACCCUCCUGAAGUGAGCACUCAUGUCCCAGAAACACACCUUCCACCUCAGAAGCCAGAGGGAAAGCUAGAUGUUGUGUCUGCAUAUUUGUUCUUAGACACACUCUCCUGCAGUCUGACUCUGUUGACCACUUUCCAGUUUGCUCAUAUCAGAACGUCUUCGGUUCUGAGAUGCACAUGUUCUUCUAACUUGUCAGAAAUUAGAGUAUGUCUUGGAGUCAGUUAAAUCUAUGGCAACAUUGUUUUUUCUUAAUCGUUCCUAAAACUCCUGUAGUUGAUGGUGUCUUGCUUAGGUUUAAUGAAAGAGAUUUUAAUAGAUGGCAUCGUUAUGUUGAGUUGUGUCUCUAUCAGUAUUAAUGGGCUGGGGAUGAUUUAUAUUUAACUGACCCCCCAAAUUCAACAUUUUGUGUUGAAUAUUUAUUUCGUCAGUAUUCUUUAUCCUGUAUUCAUUUUGAAUACUUAAAGUAUUGUAUGUGUUUGUUAUAAUAAAACGGCUUACUGUGUUUGAACACACCGUGUAUCUGACAGUGUUCUAGACCUAAUUUGCUCUUCAUGAUAACUUCAUAAGAUAGUUAUUAUCCUUAAUUCACAAAUGAGAAAGUUAGAGACAGAUGAUAAGGAAUUUCCCAAAGUCACAGCCACUGAGUGGCAGAGCCAGGGUCUGGCUCCAGAGCCAGGCAGUUGUGGCUCCCGAUGCCACCCACUCUCCAUGUGACACUUACCGUUACUUCUCUUGCCAGUGAGGGAUGAGCCAAUUCUCACAUUUUUCCAAGACACAUUUUCAUUUUAGCUGUAUCAUCAUCAUCAUCAUCAUCAUCAUCAUCAUCAUCAUCAUGUUUUCUUCAAGGGUUUCUGUUUUAGAAAAGUAAAACUUAAAAUUACAGUCAUGUGAAUUGUAUUUAUAGAGAAAAAGAGUCUUGUUUUAUUAAUAUCAGACAUCUUUGUUCCCACGAAUUAUUUUGAAACAAUGUUCAGUAUCAGGCUAGGAAUCGAUGGGCAUCACGCACCCGGUUACUGUGCAUGGAUUAGAUCACUACCCUAAAGUGUGUACAUAGUGUUGAGUAUAUUAAUCUUAUUUACAGUCGUGUUGUCAUCUGGCUUUGAUAUAUUUGCCGUUUCCUAUGUCUCUUGUCAGUAUCCAUGUAAGAUUAGAAUCCUAAAUACCACUGUAUGUAUUUUUCUUCAUACUCUAUUAUUAAACAGUAUUAAUGCUUAAUAAAUGUUAAUAUAUAAGUAAUAUAUGUAUAUUUUAAAAAUUA